AUGGAUUUCUCACACAUCUUUCUCUUCUUCCUCUUCUUCUUCCCAACUUUAAUCACAGCUCAAAGUUGCUCUGUUUCCAAGUGUAUCAAUGAUGACUUUGCUAUCAGAUUCCCCUUUCGGAUUCCAGACCAGCAACCUGCAAGAUGUGGUUAUCCUGGUUUCAACUUAGCUUGCAACAAAGCGGGUGUGACGACUGUAAAUCUAUCAGCUUCUGAAUAUUUUUUGGUAAGGGGUAUCGAUUAUGCCACUCAACAAAUACAGCUCUAUGAUUCAGAUGAUUGCCUACCUAGAAGAUUUCUUCAAGGCCUCAACAAACUCAAUUUCUCAAACUCCCCAUUUAUACCACUUUUUAGUCAGAAUAUUACCUUUCUAAGCUGUCCACCUCAGUUCACAAUGUCGCAUUUUCCUAUCAUUGGUUGUCUUAGCAAUUCAACCAACUCGAUUCUGGCUACUUCCUCAACGAGUUUUGUCAAGUCAAUGUCAACCUCUUGCACGAUCAUGACUACUUUACCUGUCCCAGUUUCAAACCCAGAUGAGACCAAUCAAUUUUCAACCAACCUCAAUGGUGAUCUCGUGCUAACUUGGUAUAGCCCUGCUUGCGGUAUCUGCGAAACAGAAGGCAGGCUUUGUGGGUACAAAAGCAAUAGCGGUCAGGGGAUUGCCUGUUUCGACAAAUACACAUCAGAGGAAAACAAUGGUCUCAGAGUGCUGCGGAUUAUCUGUGUGGUGAUUCUUCUUCCGACUUUGAUGUGUGUCAUUGGACUUGGCUGUUUUAUCUGCAUGGCAAAGUGGAGCUAUAGCCUUACGGACGGCAGAGGAAACCAAGUUCAGCAUAGGCAGCAAGUCAAUCCAGCAGGGUCCGAUUUAGAGGCACCAUCCCGUUUGAGUGGUCUGAACGAAUCAACCAUUGAAUCGUAUCAAAAGGUAAUCCUUGGAGAAAGCCGGCGGCUCCCUGGACCCAAUGGCACCACCUGCCCCAUAUGCCUUGGAGAAUACUUAACCAAAGACACAGUCAGAUGCAUUCCUGAGUGCAAGCAUUGCUUCCAUGUUGAUUGUAUUGAUCAAUGGCUUCGAGUCAACAGCAGCUGCCCUCUUUGUCGAAACUCUCCCAAUCCCUCCCCUUCCCAUUUAACUCCAAUCUCAUGAUCUUCCCAAUUCUUCUCAUGCACGUACAAACAAUACAACAAUGCAAAGACAAUGUACAUUGUACAGAGAUUCAAGUAACUUGACAACUAACAACCUCAGUUCUCACUUCAUUUACUUCACUCAACCAUUACAAAUAGAGAAAACCCCACCUCUUUGUUUGGCAAAAUAACCAUAAAGAAAUCACAAAAGAUGCAUGGCAGCACAUUUUCAGGAAAUGGGACAACAAAGUGUAUAUAAAAGGCACUCAAGUCGUAAACCCCACCUCAAAACAUAAACACCCACCAAGUGUUCGUAAAAUUUUCCAGUAAAAAAUGUCAGGAGUCUUCAAUUUUCGGUCCCUAGCCUUCGUGGCCGUGCUUACAUGCUCUCUGAUGGUAGUUCUGUCUCAGACUGAGGACGUGGAAAGUUGUGUACCGGUGGCGCAGUCGCUAUCACCAUGUUUGGGGUUCAUCAAAGGCAGCGGCAAACCAUCGGCGUCGUGCUGCAGUGGCGUUAAACAGUUGGCGGGAAAUACUAAAACGAAGAAAGAUAAAGUUGCACUGUGCGAAUGCAUCAAGAAGAGUCUGGCGAUGAUCGGACCUUAUGAUCCGACUCGCAUCCCUUUGAUUCCAAAACAAUGUGGAAUUUCCGUCCAAAUUCCUCCCAUCAACAAUUCCACCAACUGCUCAAAGGUUAAAGGUUUUCAAUUUGGAAGUGCUUUGAUAUAUGAGGCUGGGGGUAUCCAUCAUCACUGAGCCCAAUCAACAUAAACUAAGCAUAUCCCAUAUGAUGUUUCUGGGUUUCUUAAUGUUUCAAAAUAAGAUUGACAAUGUCAUGUAUUAGUCUUAAUAAUCCUAACAUUACAUGCUCAUAAUACUCUUGUAUGGUCUGUUAUCAAUAAUAAUUCUACCUACAGUAUUAUAUUCA